AUUUUCCUGUUUGAGCAUAAACAACAUCUGCAAAGUUACAACGUUCAAAGUUUUAAGCAAAGGGAGAUAUUUGCUUUUAAAGAAAUCCAUUUCUAAGGACUACAGCAAACGGCCGGUAGGGACUACACGACAUUCCUCCAGGGUUGCUGACGUCACUAAGCCCAAUAUUUACAUAAACCCCUCCUCCGAGAAUAAUAGAUUAGGUGGGGGGCGAGGCCAUUUUAUAUUGCUGUGGAGAUUGAGAAGAGUUGUUGUAUGCUGGAGUAUUUUUGCCGCGAUGCCGACGAAACGCUGUUAUUUUCAUCCGGAUUGCAGGUCCACUUUGUUCAGCCUUCCUAGGGACGGGGAAGUUAGGGAUCAAUGGUUAAAAUUUAUUUUUAACUCGGUCCCUCAAAAUUAUUACCCAAAUCUCGCUCUCUGUGCUGCACAUUUUACGGAGGAAAGCUUCCACAAUCUUCGCGAGUUCAAUGCAGGAUUCGCCCAACGGCUUGUCCUGAAAGAUGGAGCAGUUCCAACUUUAAAAACAGAAGCUGUUUACGGGCCACAAGCUACAACAGCUCAGCAGGGUGCGAGUUCCCAAGAGCUCCCCACUACAUCUACACUUCAUGAAGUUGGAUGUCAGUCAGACCCUAUAGAGACUGAAACUGUAGCCACAGAGAUAAAGCCGAAGAUGCGAUCAGUGGGCACACAACUUUCAAUGGGUACAUUGAGCAGUUUCCACUUAAGGAGCAAAGGCAUUCAGGCAACAUAUUAUGGUCAUGAUGUGGGCACCCAAACAACUGACAUGUUUCCUGAUGUGCAGCUGUCUUCAACACCAGUAAGGGGCUCAGUCUUCAGGCCCAGUAAGAGACCUCGUCUGGUGUUAGAUGAGGAAGAAGAAUCAGAAUUAAAUGUCGAACCCACUGAUUCCACAUAUAACCCAGAUUCUGUUGUCACUGAAGAAUCAGAAUUGGCGAUAGAUCCACAGCCCGACCACAGCGAUAACAAAUACAUUGUUUUUGAAAGCUGUCUUCGAGAGCUGUUUGUGUCCUGUCCAAUUUGUAAGACAAAGUGUGUUGUCCAGAGCAGACGAAGGGGGACUUUUGUUGCAUUCACCCAGCUUUGUGAAAAGUGUAACUACUACAGACAGUGGCAGAGCCAGCCCAUUGUUGGGAGUACCCCACUUGGAAACCUGCUAUUGUCUGCUGCAACUUAUUUUACCGGUGGAUCUUUUAAACAACUAGAGAAGAUUUUCAAAGCCAUGAAGCUCCAGAUGAUGCAUUUCGUAACUUUUAGGAUUCAUGCCAGGAAUUUCAUUGAGCCUACCAUAAUACACCAGGGGAACCAAGAUCAACUGAAUCUUAUAAGACCGCUGCAAGAGGGAGGAAAUGUUGCUGUGGCUGGAGAUAUGCGUGCUGACACGCCAGUAAUGUUCUAUAUCUGA